GGCGUGGAUCCGAACAAAGUGUACUGGAGCUACAUUGCCAGCCGUGCUGAAGCUCUGGAGCUCCAUGUGCAGACACCGAGCCAUUUGGUGCUGGCCAGACUCGCAUGCCUCACACGCACCGUGGAGCCUGCGGCACUCCGGGCUAUCGCAAGUGACUGGGAUCAUCUGACAGAUUCGGAAAGGGAUGCUCUUUCAGAGAUCUUCCUGUCAGACGGCCACUAUGACAAGGCCUUCAUCUUCCAGUAUUUGCCUCUCUUCUUGACCAACGCCAUGGCCAACCAGGGCCUCGGCUUGCGGCGCGGGCUUCAGUUUCUGGUAGAGCUCUUCGCGAAGCUGAUGAAUCACCGCUGCCUGAACCAGGACGGCUCCUCUACCGUCACAGUAGACAUCUCCUCGCUGGCAACCAUGGCCAAGGACAUCGACGACUUGAGGCUCCUCCGACAGUGCAUGGACUUCUCGCGCAUCGUGAAGCACACAACUGGUGUGACUGUCCUGCUCACUGCCGAGAGCUACCAGAUCCUUUCAGGCCAGCUUGUGGCGGAGGACCGCAAGGUAGACCUGCUGGAGUCGCUGACUGCUCAACAGCGCCGCCUGGAGGAUGCGCUGAUCGGCCGCGCACGGCCGCUGACGCUGUGGGACGACAGCCCACGGGUGGCUUGCCAUAUCCGCAGAUUCAGUCUAGACUCCUAG